ACCUGGAACGCGAGGGGAACACGGAGAAGGGUUAGCGUUCGCAUCUAGAAACGCAGCGAGAAAAUUCGGCGAACGGGCCUUCGUUUCCCAAGCUCUCUGAGCUCAGGAUGGGAAAGCACGAUCUCUAAGCGCAGGCUGGGAAGGUGCCACCCGGAGCAUGGCGUUCCCGGAGCCGCGGCCCACGAAGCCGGAGCUGCCUCGGAAGUCAGUGCGCAGCCUGCCGUGCCGCCAGGGAGCCGUGCGGGCGGUGCGCUUCAAUGUCGAUGGUCGCUACUGCCUGACCUGCGGCAGUGACAAGUCGCUGUGCCUGUGGAGCCCGCUGCGGGGGACGUUGCUUCGGACCUACAGUGGCCAUGGGGCCGAGGUGCUGGAUGCCGCCGGCUCAUUUGACAACAGCCGCCUGUGCUCUGGGGGAAGUGACCGAGCCGUUCUGUUUUGGGACGUGGCAUCAGGCCAGAUUCUCCGAAAAUUCCGGGGCCACGCAGGGAAGGUGAACUGUGUACAGUUCAAUGAAGAAGCCACAGUGAUUGUGUCGGGCUCCAUUGAUUCAAGUGUCCGGUGCUGGGACUGCCGCUCACGCCGCCCUGACCCGGUCCAGAUCCUAGAUGAAGCCAAAGAUGGUGUCUCCAGUGUCAAGCUCUCGGACCAUGAGAUCCUAGCAGGUUCUGUGGACGGACGCUCACGGCGCUAUGACCUUCGGAUGGGAGAGCUGUAUGCAGACUAUGUGGGAAGUCCCAUCACAUGUGUGUGCUUUAGCAAAGAUGGCCAGUGCACACUCAUCUCCAGCCUGGACUCUUCCCUUCGACUCCUGGACAAAGAUACAGGGGAGCUGCUUGGAGAGUACACAGGGCACAAAAAUCGAGAAUACAAGCUGGACUGCUGCCUGAGUGAGCGAGAUACCCACGUGGUCAGUGCCUCAGAGGACGGGCAUGUCUACUUCUGGGACCUGGUGGAGGGUACUCUGGCUUUGACCCUGCCUGUGAGUCAUGGUGUAGUGCAAUCCCUGGCCUUCCACCCCACGGAGCCCUGCCUGCUGACAGCGUCAGAAGGAAACGUACAGUGUUGGCGAGAAGAGUCAUUUGUAGCAGAGGAUGAGUUGCCGGCUUGAGGGCAGAACAUGCUUGGAUGGAAAUACAUGGAGUUUAUUGGCCUUAGGGAUCUGUACCAUCUGCCACCUAAAGAGACCUUUAUUUAUCCCUAGGUAUUUGCUGGCCUUGGCCAGGACACCAUAAAAACUGGGAAUGUCUGGGGAAUAACUGUGAAACAAUAAAUAGGAGGGG